AGGGAGAGAGGGUCUACGGACCGCCAACGCAACGAUCCGAGGCCAAAUUGAAUUUAACACUGAUGCUAUCACUUACCUUUUUUAUAGCUCCGAUUCGCUUACUACUCUGCAAAUUCUCAAAUUUCAAAGAAUUUGUAACCUCCAAACAUCAACAAAACAGAAGGCCGAUAGUCAGGGAAAGAAGGAAGGAAGCGAUUAUAACGCGAUCGAAUUUAGCAGAGCUGUUGAGAGAGUAUCAGAUUCGAUCCAAGCAUGACUGGGCCUCCGUUUCGAUUUUCACUUCGACGUCUAAUUUUACGUCUUCUAGGGUUGAUGUUGUGCUCUUUGUUAUAUGGGAACUUGUUAUUUUAACUUUCCUGGUUUUUUCAGCUGUUUCUUUAUAUUUUAGGCAUAUGCAACUUGCCUUUAUCCUAGUAUGCAUAACCAUGCUAUUGCUCCUCUGCAUGAAAAUCACUAAACAAAUUAGAUUGGCUAGGAAAAAGAAAAGGAGGAUGCUUCUUCCGUUAUCUAUGUAGAACUACAUGAAGCUUGGAUUUAAAAAAACGAACCAACUUUUGGUUUAAAUUUGAGAUCUAUUAAUUGGCCCAAGGCUAGUUGAUACUGGAAUACUGUUUCGAUAUGAUCACCUCAAAAGUUGGGGAACCAUUGGGGAGUCUAAUGAAUUGAGGUGGAAAGUUGGGAUACUCUAAUUGAACUGGGUAGCAGUUAAUCUUAAGGUGCAGGGCGGUUCUCACUACCUUUUUCCCCCAUUCGUAGCUGUGAGAAACUAAAUUUAGAAUUCUGAUCCAGGUGGGAAUGUAGUAAACAAUGUUUGCUUUAUUUUGUAACGUAUUCAGACUUGGUUGUAGUCUUAAAGACAUCAGAGGAUAGUAGUAGAUGGUGUGAGUGAUUGAAACAUUUUUGCAUGUAUGAUACACCCGUAAAGUUGAUUUGCAACCGAUCAAUAGUAUACGUAGG